GGGGAGAGGAGAAAGAAGGCCCGGCGCAGGCGCUCCGCCGCUGGGCCCAGUCUCCCUCCGCCGCUCGGCCGCCAUUUCGCGAAGCGCCGCCAGAAGCGGAGGAGCCAUUCUCUCGCUCGGUCCGCGAGUCAGCCGUCCCCGCGUUGAAGAGGCGCCUCCUUCGCCGCUGCCGCCGCCAGAGCCAUGGCGGCCUCUGUGGGGAACGUAGCCGACAGCACAGAACCAACGAAACGUAUGCUUUCCUUCCAAGGGCUAGCGGAGUUGGCUCACCGGGAGUAUCAAGCGGGAGACUUUGAAGCAGCUGAAAGGCACUGCAUGCAGCUUUGGCGACAAGAGCCCGACAACACCGGUGUGCUUUUGUUGCUCUCAUCCAUUCACUUCCAGUGUCGCAGGCUGGACAGAUCUGCUCACUUCAGUACUUUGGCAAUCAAGCAGAAUCCGCUGCUGGCAGAAGCCUACUCCAAUCUGGGGAACGUGUACAAGGAACGUGGACAACUGCAGGAAGCAAUUGAACAUUAUCGGCAUGCCUUGCGCCUCAAGCCAGACUUCAUUGAUGGAUACAUUAAUCUUGCUGCUGCUUUAGUAGCUGCAGGUGAUAUGGAAGGGGCAGUGCAGGCAUAUGUUUCCGCCCUGCAGUACAAUCCUGACUUGUACUGUGUGCGUAGUGACCUGGGGAAUCUGCUCAAAGCCCUGGGUCGCUUGGAAGAGGCCAAGGCCUGUUACUUGAAGGCAAUUGAGACACAACCCAAUUUUGCCGUAGCGUGGAGUAACCUUGGCUGUGUGUUCAAUGCUCAAGGAGAAAUCUGGCUUGCCAUUCAUCACUUUGAAAAGGCGGUGACUCUUGACCCAAACUUUCUGGAUGCUUACAUUAAUUUGGGAAAUGUCUUGAAGGAAGCGCGCAUAUUUGAUAGAGCGGUUGCGGCCUAUCUACGGGCCCUGAGCCUGAGUCCAAACCAUGCAGUUGUGCAUGGCAACCUGGCCUGUGUAUAUUAUGAGCAAGGGCUGAUUGACCUGGCAAUCGAUACCUACAAGCGAGCGAUUGAGCUGCAGCCGCACUUCCCUGACGCUUACUGCAACCUGGCCAAUGCCCUCAAGGAGAAAGGCAGUGUUGCUGAAGCAGAGGAGUGCUACAACACAGCUCUUCGUCUUUGUCCCACACACGCGGAUUCCCUCAACAAUCUUGCAAACAUCAAGCGGGAACAAGGAAACAUUGAGGAGGCUGUUCGACUCUACCGUAAAGCUCUUGAGGUUUUCCCAGAGUUUGCAGCUGCCCAUUCCAAUUUAGCAAGUGUUUUGCAGCAGCAAGGGAAGCUGCAGGAGGCACUCAUGCAUUAUAAGGAGGCUAUCAGAAUCAGCCCCACGUUUGCUGAUGCUUAUUCCAACAUGGGAAACACGUUAAAGGAGAUGCAGGACGUUCAGGGAGCUUUACAGUGUUACACUCGGGCCAUCCAGAUAAACCCUGCAUUUGCUGAUGCCCACAGUAACCUUGCUUCCAUCCAUAAGGAUUCAGGGAACAUACCAGAGGCCAUUGCUUCCUAUCGCACUGCCCUGAAACUGAAACCAGACUUCCCUGAUGCCUAUUGCAACUUAGCUCACUGCUUGCAGAUAGUUUGUGAUUGGACCGAUUAUGAUGAAAGGAUGAAGAAGCUGGUCAGUAUAGUUGCUGAUCAGCUGGAGAAGAACAGACUUCCCUCUGUCCAUCCUCAUCACAGCAUGUUGUAUCCCUUAUCCCAUGGUUUCCGAAAGGCCAUUGCUGAGAGACAUGGAAACCUGUGCUUGGACAAGAUCAAUGUGCUUCACAAGCCACCUUACGAACAUCCCAAGGAAUUGAAGGCCAGUGAAGGACGACUCCGUGUGGGCUAUGUGAGCUCUGACUUCGGGAAUCACCCUACCUCCCAUCUUAUGCAGUCAAUCCCAGGCAUGCACAACACCGACAAAUUUGAGGUGUUCUGUUAUGCCCUUAGCCCUGAUGAUGGCACAAACUUCCGGGUGAAGGUGAUGGCUGAAGCAAAACACUUUGUUGAUUUAUCUCAGGUCCCAUGUAACGGAAAGGCUGCUGACCGCAUCCACCAGGAUGGCAUCCACAUCCUUAUCAACAUGAAUGGCUAUACCAAAGGAGCCCGUAAUGAGCUGUUUGCCCUUAGACCGGCCCCAAUACAGGCAAUGUGGCUGGGCUAUCCUGGGACCAGUGGGGCAUUAUUCAUGGAUUACAUCAUCACAGACAAAGAAACUUCCCCAGUCGAAGUCGCUGAACAGUACUCUGAAAAACUCGCUUACAUGCCAAAUACGUUCUUUAUUGGAGAUCAUGCUAACAUGUUCCCGCACCUGAAGAAAAAAGCAGUCAUUGACUUCAAAUCCAAUGGGCAUAUUUAUGACAACAGAAUUGUUUUAAAUGGCAUUGAGCUGAAGGCAUUCCUUGACAGUCUGCCUGAUGUUAAAAUAGUUAAGAUGAAAUGCCCUGAUGGGGGAGAUAACGCUGACAGCAAUGCUGGUCUCAGCAUGCCUGUCAUUCCUAUGAAUACAAUUGCGGAGGCUGUGAUUGACAUGAUAAAUCGUGGACAGAUCCAGAUCACGAUCAAUGGAUUCAACAUUAGCAAUGGACUAGCAACCACACAGAUCAACAACAAAGCAGCAACUGGGGAGGAGGUUCCGCGCACCAUCAUUGUCACCACUCGCUCCCAGUACGGACUGCCAGAGGAUUCGGUCGUGUAUUGCAAUUUCAAUCAGCUUUAUAAGAUCGACCCUGCCACUCUACAGAUGUGGGCCAAUAUCUUGAAGCGUGUCCCAAACAGUGUCCUGUGGCUCCUGCGUUUCCCAGCUGUGGGAGAACCAAACAUCCAGCAGUAUGCACAGAACAUGGGCCUCCCCCAGAACCGCAUCAUCUUCUCCCCAGUUGCCCCCAAAGAGGAACAUGUGAGGAGGGGCCAGUUGGCUGAUGUGUGUCUGGACACUCCCCUUUGUAAUGGCCACACCACAGGGAUGGAUGUCCUCUGGGCUGGUACACCAAUGGUGACCAUGCCAGGAGAGACUCUUGCUUCACGUGUUGCUGCCUCCCAGCUUACUUGCCUCGGCUGCCCUGAGCUUAUUGCAAAAAGCAGGCAGGAAUAUGAAGACAUUGCAGUAAAACUGGGGACUGAUCUAGAAUACCUGAAGAAGAUCCGUGGCAAGGUCUGGAAGCAGAGGAUAUCUAGCCCCCUGUUCAACACAAAGCAGUACACAAUGGAAUUGGAGCGGCUGUAUCUUCAGAUGUGGGAUCACUUUGCGGCAGGCAACAAACCAGACCACAUCAUUAAGGCCAUAGAGAGUGGUGAAUCGGCCUAAAGCCCAGAACCGCACAAGGAGCAUUUCAGGGAAGCAUCCCCAGAGCAGAGGUGGUUGGGGAGCCCUGGACUCCAUCUCUGCCUCCUGGCCUGCCUGGUACUUUGUAGCCGAUGUGGUCUCUAUGGUAGUCAUCAAAGAACACAGCUGGACUCGUCUCCUGCAUGUUGGAGCAAUGAGGAACUUGGCGUCCUACAAAGGAUUUGCACUUGAGCGGCGUGGUUCUGCCGCUUGUCCUCCAGGACCCGCUUUGCUGGGGGAAAGUGUGGGGAAAUGGCCAAGCAAUUGUGAUUUCAUGGAUUGAUGAUUCAGUUUUCCUGUGAGUUAGAUUUUUUCGCUUCCUACGUGGAUUUGGAGCUUUUUCAAAAAAUAACUUGGUUUUCAGGUGUCCUUCUGUUGGCGCAUAGUGUGGGUCUUCUCUGGCAAAGAUUUCCUGCGGUGCAUGUUGCUCCUCCUCCCCACUUUUCUGAGCAGCUCUACAGAGCGAAAGGCAUCUCUGCCGGCGAAGCUGCUUCUUACGGGUUUUAUAAACCACUUUGAGCCGACAUCAGCUUCGUCGACGUUUCGACUCCUCUCUCGGGGGCUUUUCUGUGCUGUGUUGGUUUAGAUGAGGAUUUUUAUUUUUAUUUUUUUGGGGGAAAAGCUUCCUCUUUCAGUUUAACUUCAAGAUGGCACACCUUUUCCGCAGAAAAAAGUAAAUUCACAGUUUAAAGUGUAAAGUCUCCCCAUCUCCCUGCAGUUUGUGGAGAAAACACAACCUAGUGCCAAAUGCAUAUCGUUCAGGAAUGAUGUCAAUUAUGUAUGGAGAUGCUGGCCUAGCCACUGUGGCAAAGACUUUAAAGGUUAAUGAUAAUAAUAAUCAUAAUUGAUAAUAAUAAAGCUUUGGUUUGCCCAGGUUGGCCUAUUGGACAUGCUUCACCGUCCCUCCUCCUUGUCAAAGCGGUUAUGUGCUGGGCUGCUGGCCUCUUGGCAUGCCUUUCUUUAAAGGCUUCCUUUUUAAAACGCAGCUCUUCUGUUCACUUCAGCAAAGUCCCAGGUAAGUAUGGAUUUUCUUUUCAGUGACUGUCUCCAGUGUGUGAAAUGAGCAUAUUUUUAUUUUUUAGAAACUGCAUCUAGAGGUUGAAAGGGCCCCUGUUUGUUUUGACAUAGCCCCAAUUUAAAUGACCUUACUGCCCUACAGCGGUUGGAGGGCGCAAGGUCUUUUGGGUAGGAAAUGGAGCAUUUAAGUAACGAUUAAGCAGAGAGAGACUGUUUUCCAGGCCUCUUAAACGGCCGUAUU